AUGGCUGAUGACCUUGCCGUAAAGCCAAGCCGUAAACAUGGCAAAGACAAUCAUGGUAAAAACAAUCAAGACAAAGACAAACAAGACAAAGACGAACAAGACAAAGACAAACACAAACAAGACAAAGACGAACAAGACAAAGACAAACAAGACAAAGACAAACAAGACAAAAACAAACAAGACAAAGACAAACAUGACAAAGACAAACAAGACAAAGACAAACAAGACAAAGACGAACAAGACAAAGACAAACAUGACAAAGACGAACAAGACAAAGACAAACAAGACAAAGACAAACAAGACAAAGACAAACAAGACAAAGACAAACAUGACAAAGACAAACAAGACAAAGACAAACAAGACAAAGACGAACAAGACAAAGACAAACAAGACAAAGACAAACAAGACAAAGACAAACAUGACAAAGACAAACAUGACAAAGACAAACAAGACAAAGACAAACAUGACAAAGACAAACAAGACAAAGACAAACAUGACAAAGACAAUCAAGACAAAGACAAACAUGACAAAGACAAUCAAGACAAAGACAAACAUGACAAAGACAAACAAGACAAAGACAAACAUGACAAAGACAAACAAGACAAAGACAAUCAAGACAAAGACAAACAAGACAAAGACAAACAUGACAAAGACAAACAAGACAAAGACAAACAUGACAAAGACAAACAAGACAAAGACAAACAUGACAAAGACAAACAAGACAAAAACAAUCAAGACAAAGACAAACAAGACAAAGACAAACAAGACAAAGACAAACAUGGUUCCACUUGCCAGCCAGUGCCAGCCAGUGCCAGGGCUUCAGCUUCACGUCCGACGCCAGUGCCACGUUUGAGUGAAGCUAACAGUGAGGCAGUGGGGGGGAACCAGUCCCCUGACGAACAUAUCAUGAAUAUAUCCUGGCGCAUGAUGCUUUAUACCAUAUAUAUUGUCAGGACAGUGAACAACGUGAGCAGGGUGAACGUCAGCAGAGUGAACAACGUCAGCAGAGUGAACAACGUGAGCAGGGUGAACGUCAGCAGAGUGAACAACGUCAGCAGAGUGAACAGCGUGAGCAGGGUGAACGUCAGCAGAGUGAACAACGUCAGAAGAGUGAACAACGGCAGCAGGGUGAACGUCAGCAGAGUGAACAACGUCAGCAGAGUGAACAACGUGAGCAGGGUGAACGUCAGCAGAGUGAACAACGUGAGCAGAGUGAACAACGUCAGCAGAGUGAACAACGUCAGCAGAGUGAACAACGUGAGCAGGGUGAACGUCAGCAGAGUGAACAACGUCAGCAGGGUGAACGUCAGCAGAGUGAACAACGUCAGCAGGGUGAACGUCAGCAGAGUGAACAACGUCAGCAGGGUGAACGUCAGCAGAGUGAACAACGUCAGAAGAGUGAACAACGUCAGCAGAAUGAACAAACGUCAGCAGAGUGAACAACGUCAGCAGAGUGAACAACGUCAGAAGAGUGAACAACGUCAGCAGGGUGAACAACGUCAGAAGAGUGAACAACGUCAGAAGAGUGAACAACGUCAGCAGAGUGAACAACGUCAGAAGAGUGAACAACGUCAGCAGAGUGAACAACGUCAGAAGAGUGAACAACGUCAGCAGAGUGAACAACGUCAGCAGAGUGAACAACGUCAGCAGAGUGAACAACGUCAGCAGAGUGAACAACGUCAGCAGAGUGAACAACGUCAGCAGAGUGAACAACGUCAGAAGAGUGAACAACGUCAGCAGAGUGAACAACGUCAGCAGAGUGAACAACGUCAGAAGAGUGAACGUCAGAAGAGUGAACAACGUCAGCAGAGUGAACAACGUCAGCAGAGUGAACAACGUCAGCAGAGUGAACAACGUCAGAAAAGUGAACAACGUCAGCAGAGUGAACAACGUCAGAAGAGUGAACAACGUCAGAAGAGUGAACAACGUCAGCAGAGUGAACAACGUCAGAAGAGUGAACAACGUCAGCAGGGUGAACGUCAGCAGAGUGAACAACGUCAGCAGGGUGAACGUCAGAAGAGUGAACAACGUCAGAAGAGUGAACAACGUCAGCAGAGUGAACACACAGUGAACAACGUCAGCAGAGUGAACACACGUCAUAAGAGUGAACAACGUCAGAAGAGUGAACCUCGUCAGAAGAGUGAACAACGUCAGAAGAGUGAACAACGUCAGCAGAGUGAACAACGUCAGCAGAGUGAACAACGUCAGAAGAGUGAACAACGUCAGAAGAGUGAACAACGUCAGAAGAGUGAACAACGUCAGCAGAGUGAACAACGUCAGAAGAGUGAACAACGUCAGAAGAGUGAACAACGUCAGAAGAGUGAACAACGUCAGAAGAGUGAACAACGUCAGCAGAGUGAACAACGUCAGCAGAGUGAACAACGUCAGAGUGAACAACGUCAGCAGAGUGAACAACGUCAGAAGAGUGAACAACGUCAGAAGAGUGAACAACGUCAGAAGAGUGAACAACGUCAGCAGAGUGAACAACGUCAGAAGAGUGAACAACGUCAGCAGAGUGAACAACGUCAGCAGAGUGAACAACGUCAGAAGAGUGAACAACGUCAGAAGAGUGAACAACGUCAGCAGAGUGAACAACGUCAGAAGAGUGAACAACGUCAGAAGAGUGAACAACGUCAGCAGAGUGAACAACGUCAGAAGAGUGAACAACGUCAGAAGAGUGAACAACGUCAGCAGGGUGAACGUCAGCAGAGUGAACAACGUCAGCAGAGUGAACACACGUCAGCAGAGUGA